ACCUUCUGAUCGUCGCCGCACAACCACACUCCCUCCUCUCCAUCGCCUAAGCUUCAGCCCAACGACCUCCAGAAGAGAAAAAUCAGUACCCCACCCUAGCUCCCAACGACAUCAGCCUCCCCUCCCUUCCCAAAGACGAAGCUUUGAUCUCUCUUUCUCAACUCGAAGAACGGCAUCGGGCAGAAAUUUUUGAAGAAAAAAUUGGUUGCUAUUUUCGAUUUUCUUUCUUCUGUUUUCUUUUUUUCGCUUAAAACUCCACACAAAAAAAUCAGUUCUAUUUAGUUUCAAUUGUUACUUCAAAAAAUCAGAAAAUACAAGAAAACAUUCCAUUUCUUUUCUAGAUUUUUGCUCGAAAUGGACUAAAGCCGAGGAGGUGUCAAAAUUUGGAGUCGUCGUUCGUGUUUCCCGUGGUGGCUCGUUGUCUUUGUUUAAAGAUCCUGUUGAAUUCGUCCAUUCUGGAUUCGCUCGAUUUCGCUUGACUCAGUGCUGUUAAUCACUGAAAUUUCCUUAUUGGAGAGCUAAUCUCAGAGAAAUGAAUAUUUUGAGGGAGUUUUUCCUUUCUUGCGGGUUGGAUCGCGAACGAAGGAGUCAAUUUCGAACUACUCCAGUUCGGCCGAAGUAGAUAGUGGUCGCCGGCGGUGGUGAGUUUGCUCUUUCGGCGGCGAAAUUCAAGUUAUUAAUGUGGGAGGAAUAAUAUCUUUGGAUUUUUGCCUGAUAUACCAAAUCACUAUAUACCAUUAAAACUGCAUCAUUUGAUUGUGGGAGAAGUCUUCUGAAUCUUCUCCUGCAAUUCGAAGGAAUGUCAAAAAUUAGAGACAGAACGGAAGAUUUUAAAGAUGCUGCACGUCGUUCAGCAUUGUCUUUGGGAUAUGAUGAGUCCAAAACAGCUGCGUUAUUAGCAUCUUUUAUCAUGCAUAAACCUCGGCAAAGGUCAGGAUUCACUAGAGCUGCGGUUAAAACGCUGGAGAGCAUUGGGGCUCUGGAGCAAUUUUUGAUGAAACACAAAAAGGAUUAUGUUGAUUUGCACCGUACAACAGAACAAGAGAGGGAUAGCAUUGAGCAUGAAGUUACUGUUUUUGUAAAAUCAUGCAAAGAGCAAAUAGAUGUUCUCAAGAAUAGUAUAAAUGAGGAAAAUGCACAUUCAAAGGGAUGGCUUGGAUUCAAGGGUGACAAUCUGAAUGCUGAUACUAUAGCACACAAGCAUGGAGUGGUUUUAAUUUUAAGUGAAAAGCUUCACUCUGUCACGUCACAGUUUGACCAGUUGCGGGCAAUACGCUUUCAAGAUGCUAUUAACCGAGUAACACCAAGAAGGAAACGGAAGAACUCUACCAAAUCAAAUGCUGCAGAGACCUCUGUGUCUAGUAGUUUGGACCCCGACAUGAAAAGGGACUCAGAGAUCAGGGACUCUGAUAUUUCACAAGCAGCACCUGUUAGAGUCCAAGAACAACUUUUGGACGAUGAAACGCGUGCCCUCCAGGUAGAGCUGAACAGUCUCCUGGAUUCUGUUCAAGAAAUAGAAACAAAGAUGGUGGAAAUGUCUGCGUUGAACCAUCUUAUGUCAACUCAUGUUUUGCAACAGGCCCAACAGAUAGAGCUAUUAUAUGAGCAGGCAGUUGAAGCAACCAAGAAUGUGGAACUUGGUAACAAAGAACUGUCGCAAGCCAUUCAACGGAACAGCAGUAGCAGAACUUUUCUUUUGCUCUUUCUAUUUGUGCUUACAUUUUCAAUCCUCUUCCUUGAUUGGUAUAAUUAACCAUAGGAUAGAACUUCUCUUUUGCUCUUUCUAUUUGUACUUACAUUUGCAAUCCUAUUCGUAGAUUGACAUACUUAAUCAUAGGAGAAACUUUUCUUUUGCUCUUUUCUAUUUGUGUUACAUUUUCAAUCCCCUCUUCCUUAAUCUGUAUUAUAAUUAUUGACAGGGUAUAAAGCGUAUAUUGUCAUCUUUCA